CACGCACAAACAGGCAAACACUGCGUAGUGAAAGAUUGAAACCAAAAGGGACUUUAAAACAACAUUUUAUUUGGACUAACCCUAACACGAGUUGAGUCGCUAUCAUAACGGUCGCUGUUUUAAUGCGGUCGCCAUUAUAACAGUCGCUCACUUAAAUUACGUCGCCAUUAUGACAGUCGCUAUCCGCCUGGAUACCUAUGUAUACAUUAGUUGUAACUCGUGUGUGCAUAGGAGCAUCGUUACCCGGUGAUAUGGUCAGUAAUAAUAAAACAGUAUGGACAUUAGAGUGAAUGACCUUCUGAAACUUAAAGUUUUGUGCCCUGCUGAAGAUGCAACGAAAGUAUUUUCAAUAGUAGAGAAAAAUCGUCAGCACUUGCAGAUAUGGUUACCAUGGGCCAAAAUGAAUUCCUCCGUGGAACACGAAAAAAGCUAUUUGCAAAAAUGCUUGGAGAGAUAUGAAAGUGGAUGCGGAAUGGAAAUGGGAAUUUUUAAUAGGACCACAAAUGAGCAUGGAAUAGUUAACUGGAAUUUCAUAGGAAUGGCUGGUUUUGUUCGGAUAGAACGGGAAACUAUUGAAGAUUCGUUUGCAGAAGUUGGCUAUUGGCUGGAUUAUGACCACCGCGGUCAAGGCAUCGCGACAAAAUGUUGUCAAAAACUACUUGAAUUUGCUUUCACAUGCUUAAAUUUGGAUAAAUUGAAGAUAGUGGUUCACCAGGAUAAUCAACCAAGUAUAUCAGUCGCAGACAGGUUAAAAUUCAAGCUUACCAAUGAAAAGGUAACAGAACUGAAUCCCAGAUUCCAUGCAGAACCAAACAAACUUUUGGUAUUUGCUAUCUGUAAAAGGGAUUGGAGGGAUGCCCGGUAAUCAGCAUCUUUCAAUUGGCCCUAACGCCACUCGUAAUUUACUGAUUCAAUUAUCUCUUGUGUUUUGCCACAUUCGAUAGCAUGUUUCAUUUUGGUGAUGCAAACUUGAACAUUUUCAAAAAAUAUUUUAGAUACACGGUAAUUGAAAAAUUCCUUUAAACCAUCCGUUUUGCCAUUUUUUAUUGUAAUUUACGAUUUUCGGUACUGUAUUAAAAGUAUUGUUAUUUUUUGCUUCGGCUUUUGUUAUAUUAGUGGG